AUGGGUGAGCACCGAUUCAGGGCGUACACGGCCUUGCACCCCGACCACCUGUGGAUCUGGCGAAAGGCCGUGUAUGUGGACGAGAACCAGCGCACUUGGCUGCCCAUAAUCACGGAGGUACGGCCGCUUAGGCUCCAGGUACUCCUGCGUCAGGAAGACGUCCCCCGGGGGGAGCCCAUGCGCCCCAGCCAGCUGCCCCCGAGCCCACUGCCUUUGAUGUGGCAGCUCUAUCCUGGAAGACGGUACCGAGGCUCAGACUCCAGCUUCUGGCGAAUAGUCUACCACAUCGAGCUCAGUGGCAUAGAGGACAUGCUCCUUGAGCAGCUGCCAUGCACGGAGUGA